AUGAGACAGGACUGCGGAGGAAACCUCAUGUUCAACAUGUAUCUCUCAGAUCCAACAGAAAAUCUGUUGAAGGAAAGCAAAGGAACAUCUUGGGGUCCAAUAAACACAGGAGUACAAAAAGGCAGCGGUCAGAUCCAGCUGUGGCAGUUCCUGCUGGAGCUGCUCUCCGACAGCAGCAACAUGUCGUGCAUCGCCUGGGAGGGAACCAACGGAGAGUUCAAGCUCAUCGACCCGGACGAGGUGGCUCGUCGCUGGGGGGAGCGCAAGAGCAAACCCAACAUGAACUACGACAAGCUGAGCCGAGCUCUGCGCUACUACUACGACAAGAACAUCAUGACCAAAGUGCACGGCAAGAGAUACGCCUACAAGUUUGACUUCCACGGCUUGGCGCAGGUGUGCCAGCCGUCCACCACGGAGCAGGCCAUCUACAAGUUCCAGGGAAACUUCUCACCGAUUCCUUUCGCAGGGAUUUCUAAGCUGAACCUCGUGGGUCCAGGUGUGGGUCCGUCUGGUUUCUCCUACUGGCCCGGUUCUCCUCCCACGGCUCUGUAUCACACCCACAACCUGCAGCCUCCAGGGCCAUUUGGCACCGUGUCUCCAUCUCACAUCAGCUGUGUCAACAACAUCAACAGCCUGACUAACAUCAAUAAUCACUACAACUGACUCUUAUUGCGUCUUUUAGACAACCCGGAGAUAUAUAGACACCACAGGUGGGUCUAUUUGCACCAACCUGGGAGCCCAUCACCAGUUAUUAUUGGACUGUUGGCGCCAUCUCGUGGUUGUAAAAUGGCCUAAUGCCUGUUGGACAUCAUGAUUUUUAUAUUUCUUGGAAACAGUCACCUGAAAUAUAUUGUCACUUUAAUCACAGUUUGCUUAGAAAUCAAAUUACGCAUAUAGUCAUGCCCUUAGAAUAAAAUCAAACUUGCAAUAAAAAUAAAACCAGUACAGAAGUA